AUGACGAUAACUUGCGGUAUUCCUUCGUUUCUUGCGUCUCUAGAGAGCGUUAAUUGGUGUCGAGAAAGUUUUGGACUGGGAUGGCUUCUCGUGGUUAGCAAAGAAGGCACUGAGGAAGGCGAGGAAGAUCAUGAACAUGAAGAAACGAUAGAAAUAUUGCCUCAAACUGAAGAGAGUCGAGCUGUUCCUCCUGAUCAACGGACAACCACGCCCUAUAUGACAAAGUAUGAGAGAGCUAGAGUCCUGGGGACAAGAGCACUACAAAUUAGGAAAUGGGUCAAGGUGAUAUCAGAUUAUGGGGCACCAGUGAUGGUAGAGUUGGAGGGAGAAACUGAUCCACUUAAAAUUGCAAUGAAAGAACUCAAAGCUAAGAAAGUUCCGAUAAUCAUUCGUCGAUUUUUACCAGACUCCAGUUAUGAAGAUUGGGCAGUAGAUGAACUAAUUAUAGAUUAA